AUACCAGAAAUAUUUGGCAUUACAACGUAUUGAACGGUUUUUAAAAGCGGUCACAUUUCUACGCUGCCCUAAAAUAUUCAUAAAUAUUUGAUAUUUCCAAUUUAUUUGAACAAAAAAUAAUAUAAAUGCUCAAAAAAUUGCAACAUAACUUGAAAAUUUAAUAAGUCGUCGCCCAACCAACACAUUUCAAUUGUCACACGAUGCUGAUACGUUGGAAGAGCAAAGAUAAAAGUUCAUCGAACCAGAGCAGCAGCAACAGCAGCAGUAGCUCAUCAAAGAAAAAACGAAAAGGACGUGAAGCAGAAGACUGGCAGAAUGACGCCAAAACUGGGCGUAUGCCAACUAAUGAGCAAGUCAGCGAUCAUAGGAGAGGUAUGCGACGAGACGAUCCGCGGCGGCACACACUUGGCGGCGAUAUGAUAUUGUAUGCUGGUAAUCAAGGACAGCAGCAGCAGCGGGCCAUGGAUCUAGAGAUGAGUACGCGCGCACAGAAAAACAAAAAGAAUAAUGUACCACGCGGCUAUACUCCCUUGAAUCAAGGACCUUUGUUCGACGAUGACCCAGGCAUUAUGUCCGAGGUAGAAACGGCAAGCACUGGCUUUCGGCGUGGCAAUAAACAACGGUCUUCGCUUCCAGUCGUUAGAACACCUUCGAAGACGUUGGAGCGCCCUUUAGGAUUAGUAUUUUUACAGUAUCGUUCGGAAACAAAACGCGCUUUAUUGCCUAACGAAAUAACCUCAAUUGAUACGGUUCGAGCGCUUUUCGUUCGUUCCUUUCCACGACAACUAACCAUGGCAUAUCUGGAAGGUCCAAACGUUAAGAUCUACAUACAUGAUGCAAGCAAAGACAUGUUUUAUGAACUAGAGGAUGUUCGUUCACAUUUACGAGAAAUUCGUGACCGGUCAGUAUUGAGGCUUUUUGAGUCCACUGAAGUUGCUGCACCGCCACAAAUUCUACCAGGUGGCCCUGGCGUACCUCAGCCACUCCCACAAGUUACGCCUAAUCAUUGGGACCAAGACCAGAGCUAUUUCAGCGAACCAGAAUUUGAUUCAGACUACAAACAUCAACACAUUCAUAAAUCAAAGAUUGGUAAACAGGCGGCACCGUACUAUGUGGGCACCUCGCAGACGUUACCGCGCGGCAUGUACUCAUCUGAUCGCACAAAAGUUCCCAUUGGAGCGCCAGUGAAACCCUUGCGGGCGCACAACUCAAGAGGUAGCAUGGAGCCAUUAUUUCCUUAUACCCCGGAUCAGUUAUAUAGCAUCCCAGAUGGUUACUCAAGUUCACCUGAACGCAGCACACGAGGCAACUACGAAGAACCAUAUUACAGUCAAUACGGAACCAGAGGACCAGUGGUUGCGCCAAUCAUUGACGAAGAGCAGGGUGAUGUGGGUCUUACUGAAGAUCAAUACGCCGUAUAUGGAAUGAAAGUUGGACCCGGGCGACUACCAAGACCGAAUCAAAUGUACGAUUCAGCUAGGCCUGAGGACUUGCAUCGUAUACGGGUAGAACACAUGGAACGCCAAUUGGCCAAUUUAACAGGUCUAGUACAGAAAGCACUCGUAAAUCAACAGCCCCAAAUUACACCGAUUCCCGUGCCAACCUUGGAUCAAAACUAUUUGGUUGUACCAACGCAGUGCCAAGCUAACGGGUCGGGAAAUGAUUUGUAUAUAAGGGAAAAGGCACCGAAGUUAGGGAAGAGCUCAUGCCAGAAAUCAGUGUCGUUUGAAAAGUCAGUUUCCUUUAGUGACGACAUACAAGGAAUACCCAAAUCUCAUAGUCCUCAACACGCUGCCGAUAACAAACCUACAAAACCAGCAAUAAAAUCAUCGACUUUACCUCGUACAUCUUCCCAGGAGAGAGACCGCCUUAAACCGCCGCCGCCCCCCAAGCCAUUGGUUUUGGCUCAGACACACCAAACCUAUCGCGCUGAUAUAGCGCUUGCUCCAGAGGUAUACAAUCAUUUGCGUGGAUUACAGAAAAAGGCCAAGGAUCUUCGCAUGGAGGUGCGCACACUACGCCGCCUCUCUCAAGCACAAGCGGUCGCAGUGCGCGAAGACAUCAAAGGAACUUUUAUGCGCAUACGUGCCACACUGCUGGCCAGCAGCGGUACAUUUUGGGGCAGCCAUCAGGGUGAUCAAGAUGCCACGCGAAUCUCGCGCGAAGAGGAACUCUAUAAACAAGAAGUUAUCAGACUGGAAAAAGACCUGAGCGACUUGGAGGCUUCUGUGGAGACACUACGUGGCGAAGUUAUUAAUCGACGUACACGUGUCAAUAUGACCGCCGUGGAGGACAUGGCAUUGGUACUCAGCAGAGCCAGCAAAACCGUUGCGGAAUUAAAAAUGAAAUUUCCUGGACUUUCCAAUGGACUACGUUGCAUGCUAUCGAGCGAAAUGGAACGUGUCGUACGGGAAGAGAAAUUUCUAAAAGAAGAACCUGACAGGCUUGAGUCGGCAUUAAGACGAUGUAAAAAACUAACGGGUACAUUAGUAACAUUGAAAAGGCUGGCCAGCGUACAAGAGCAACGAUUGCCCCCCAACGAACCGCAAAUCAACGAAGAGCCGCCUCGUUCGGCUGAGAUCUCCAAUGCAGACAAACCAAUCCCAACACCCAGGAUGGGGUCGUUCGCUAUCAGCGGGGGACCCGAAAACGCACUCGAUGCUCUGCUAGACGAAUUGCAGACCUUUUCGAAACCACUCUCACAGAAUAACGAGGUACGCCCCGAUGAUUCAACAUCUGAUGAAAGUUCGCAAGCACUGCAAAGCACAGUCACCACACAAAUAUCCCAAGCACGUCUCUAUAUCCAAACUACCGACACAAACAUCAUUCCAAUACAAUCGCAACCCAUUUCCACCGCAGCCACCAGCAUUGUUAAUACUUUGCCACAUAAGCAAAGCAAUCACAUCGCCAACGAAUCCAUUGGUAAUGCAACUAAUGUAACCUCUCUUAUGGUGCAUACCAAUGUUGGCAGUCUUCGGCGUCUCCAUUCAUAUCCCAGUGGGUCAGAUACAGACAUAUCACCGCCACAGAACGUACGUGCGGUGACUAACAAGCCACCAGUCCCUGAACGCACCGCAGAUCUGAUAACGAAAGUGACCAACAAACGUAUACCUCCACCACCCCCACCGCGAACUAGCUCGCGUAGUCCACUCGCCAGCCCCACAAACCCAAAUGUACCACACCAGUUACCAACGGUUAGCGAAACCGACGUCUUGGGUAACAAGUCAGAUAGCGGCGGAGGAAGUGGCAAUUCCAGCGGUAACGAGUCAGCGAACGACCACGUCCAGAGGCAAGUGGCUUUGGAAAUGCGUCAUCAGGAAUUGCUCAAAAAGCAGAAGCUCUUACAGGAACAAUACCAACGCUUGCAGCAAAUGACGAAGAUUACCGGCGUAGAAAUGACCGCCAUAGAUAGCACAGUCCAACUACAGAAAACUAGCAGCGACUCUAAUUUACAACAAAAAAUCAACGUUCACCAGUCACCAAUAGCCAAUGUGGGAGAGAAGUCACAAGAUAAUGGCAUGCCAGGAACAGAGAAGUGUGAUAAUACAAAACAAGUCACCAAUGUCAUUGCAUCAAAUCCAGAAACACUGGGAAAUUCGGGUGGUGGCGGCAACGAUAGGAGCAGCAAAAGUGUUGGCAGCGCUGGCGGCUCUACUACAAAGCAGCUAUAUGAGACCGAAAUACUCUAACAUAAACCAGUAAUAAUGGUGGAAUGGCAGGAAACUGAAAUUGAUAUUUGAGUAAAGGAUAAAAAGCACAAACACACAUGACGCACUGGAGCACAGGUUUUACUUGGAACACGCUUACCGCUGACAACUGGCAACUGGCAAACGUUAUUGUAAUAAACGCACAGAAAACCUACACCGCACUAUAUUGCAAGAAAACAACGAUUAACAUUAACGGAUGAAAAUUUAAAAGAGUGUUAAAAAUGUAUAUGUUUGAAAGAACAAAAGACACUAGUAUCUGUAUAAAUAUGUGAUUAUUGUGCUGGUUGGCAAAUAACUGGCUGGUAAUGAUUAAGAUUUAAAAAUAUUCUGAAGAUAUUAUUCUAAAACCUAUUGUAAUAUAGUCGUGACUACAUUUGCAUUUAGUAUAGGAAAACCUAGUCAAGCUAUUUAUAGCUGUCCCUUGCUCAAUCCAUCGAGAGAGCACAAAUUUCUCAGAUUUAGAGUGCCCGUCUUUUGCAUCUGACCAUAGCGCAAACAUAAUUUAGGGGAACUUAUGUUCCAAGCUUAUUUCAAAAAGCUCAUAAGAAAUGAAUGCAAUAUUGCAAGCUACAAAGCUACGGCAAAUUAACUUGUUCGAGUUUAGAUUAAAAAGGAAAAACUUUGGUGACUAACAAAAAGCAACCUACUUCAAAAAUAUCGCUCUCACUAAAGCAACACGCAAACUCGUUAACAAUAAGCAGACAACAGGCACUUAAAAUAAAACUUAAUCACAUUGUAAUGUUACAUUCCCUGCAACGAUACUCGAUAAACGUUUACGGCUCACCGGUAUCUUUGCAAUAGUAAGCUCAAGCGAUAUUCCCUGCAUAUACAUACAUAUUAGCAGGAAAUUUUCACUCUGUGUUGAAUGCUCCCAGAGUGGUACACAGUGUUUUUGUUUAUUUUAUUAAUGUAUUCCUUCGGUACAGGGCUAUCGCAAUCGCCACACUUUCUCACACAUCACACACUUUUACAAAUAUAGAUAUGUAUGUGCACAAGUGCAUAUUCAAAUUGUCUGGUCUUAGUUUUAGGAUUUAAGCUGUUGUACUUGUAGUCUAGGAUACAGUACUGCGUAAGGCUUUAGAUUUAGAAAUAGUUGCUACACUUACGUAAUUUAUUUUGGUACAAUAAGUACUCAUUAAUUUAAUAUGAAAAUGAAAUGGUAUUUAGACUUGCAUAUGAUGUAGAAUAUAUUGCUGCAAUAUAUGUAUGUAAAGUUGGUGACCAUAGCUCGAAAUGAAUCGAAUCAAAAUGGGAACGAAAAGACACUAUGUCGGCUUAAAUGAAAUUUAGAAGGCAUUUGUUUUGCCUAGUUGUUAUUUAGUUAAUAUUUUAAAAUUGCUAGUUAUAAAUGGUUGAAUAUAUAAAUUAAAUUAUUUGCACUUACAAGGGUAUAUCCACAUAUACAUUGCGAAGAGUGGAAUGGUCCUACAAGUCCUCGAUAACAAUAUUUAAACAAGUAUAUAUAGCAAUGAAAUCAUAGUAAAUCUGCAAUUUGCAAUGCAAGUUGAUCUAAUUAACCGUCAAAUGUAUGUAUGACUAUGAGAUGUUAUUUGUUGUAAUGCACAUGAAAUUCGCAAUUUUAUUAUUAUAUAAGUAAAAUGUUAGAUUUUUAGUACGUAUACAUGCAAAAAUUCAUAUCCAUGUAUUUGUAAAGUAUUUGUUUUUGUUAAAUGUUCACAAAUACUCUACGUACUAAAUAUUUAUGCGUUAAUGCUUUAGUCCUUUUGUUAACCAAUAGUCAUAAUUCACCUUAUCCAAUUAUUAUAUGUAUGAAUGUAUAUUCACAGAAUAAUAUGUACUUGUGUGUGACUAACAUGCAAAUGAAUUAUAUUAAAUUAGUAAUUGUACUAGCAUAAAAUGGCAAAGAUCAAGCAAGAAGUAGAAAAUAGAUGAAAUAAAAUUAAACUGCCUGUACAGGAGCUCAAUACUAAGUAAAGACAUAGGUACUUAUAUAAGAUCUCUGUGAGAGUUGGUGUGUGGCAAAAAUGUGCAGGCAGUAACCUAAUAAGUUAACCAUAUACACAUAACAAAGUAAUCCCUAGCAUAUUGAUGAAAAAGUCAUGCCAAUUACGCAUUUUACUUGACAAAAGUUUUGUUAAAUUGGCAAGGAAAGUGAGACUGAUAGUUUUAUGUACAUUACACGCAUUCAAAAAACCAAGCAAACAAACGAACUAUAGUAUUUCGAAUAUUUAUGAAUACCAAAUACAACAUUAUACGAAAUUAAAAUAUUAUAUUAUCAUUUAGUUAAACAUCAAGUGGGGCAGCAAUAAUUUGAUUGAAAAUACUACGUAUUAAAAGGCAAAACAUUCGAAACACUUAACUAUUUUCAAAAAUAUUUCUAAUCACGUCAUUCUUUCAUAUGCGUGGCUAUACAUACAUACAUAGACAUUUUCAAACAAACUAUUGCUCCCGCCAAUCACGUAAGCGUCGAAUCAAAGCAUAACUUAGAAAAUAUGAGUAAAUUAAAAACUAAUCAAAGAAAUAAAAUAAUUGAAUAUUAACCCUAUUACACACGCCAUUCCAUUCAGCAGUCUCUAUGUCAUUACAACUUCAGAAUAAAAUAAAAAGACAAACAAGAUGCAUACUCACAUACGUAUGUAUAGUUAAUAAGAAAUAUUAUUGUUUUGACAUACUAAAUACUCGACUGGUCUCUACAAGUUUGAACAUCAAGCCAAGAUAGUUUAUGAAGAAGUAAUUUUUAAAAUACAUGUGAAAAACAGAACUACAA